CAAAUCUUCUUGGGCGGGAACCUUGGACUAAAUCAACAUCGCAUUCUCAGUGUUUGUGUUUGACCAGUUUGAAGUAGCAGCAGCAGCCCAAAUGUGACUUUCUGACGAGAAAGUCGAAACCCCCCGUUUCCUAGAAACUCAUCUCAUUCCUAAUCCUUCCUUCCGUCUCCAUUUUUAAUCGUCGUCCUCCCCUCAACUUUCCCCAGAAAUCCUCAAAUAUGGAGAACGCGGCGAAAGAUUCCGGCUCGAGAUCCGAAUACUUGGUGACCUACGAGUCCCCCCACCCUCUGUAUGCUAUGGCCAUCUCUUCUCGCAGUUUCCCCAAUCGCAUUGCCGUUGGUAGCUUCAUCGAAGAGUACACCAACCGUGUCGACAUUGUCUCAUUCGAUCCAGAUUCGCUCUCCAGGGUAUUUGCUUCCGUUUCUGCUGACGGCUCGGUGAGGAUCUUCGACUUGAGAGAUAAAGAGCACUCCACCAUCAUAUACGAAAGCCCGCAGCCGGAUACUCCUCUGCUUAGACUGGCUUGGAACAAGCAGGACCUGCGGUACAUGGCCACAAUACUGAUGGAUAGCAACAAGGUUGUUAUUCUGGACAUUCGGUCCCCCAGUGUGCCGGUUGCUGAGCUAGAGAGGCAUCAAUCCAGCGUAAAUGCAAUUGCCUGGGCUCCUAGGAGUUGCAGGCAUAUUUGUUCCGCAGGGGAUGACCGGCAGGCGCUCAUUUGGGAGUUGCCUAUGGUAGCAGGCCCAAAUGGCAUUGAUCCGAUGUCCAUGUAUUCUGCUCCACACGAAAUUAACCAGCUGCAGUGGUCUGCCGCGCACCCCGAUUGGAUUUCUAUAGCCUUUUCCAACAAAAUGCAGCUUCUUAAAGUUUGAGUAGGAACCUUGUUCUUUUUGAGUAAUAAUGUAACCCCUCAACUCAGUUGGUGACCAUGGAAAUAUAUGCAUCAGAUUGCAACAAGGGUUCAUAAGAGUCAGAUUAUUAGAUUUUCUGAUGAUGGGAGCUGUUUCAGUUUGAAGAUUGAUUUUAGUUUGGACAACCACGUUGUGCUAUUAGUUGCAAAGGUCGAAUAACAUUUAUUCACCAAAAUAAUUACAUGACAAGGCAUCUGCUGCUGCACCUGCAAUUCCUUUGAGCUAUGGCGUAUAAUCUCAAUCUCGGCUUUUGAUUUGAGCUGGAUGGACUGGCUAAAGUUACAAUGCAAUAGUGUAGCCAUUCAGAUUCAAUGGCUUACAAACAAAUUCAUCAUUCAUCCGUGUUUUGUUUGUCAUAACUAUAAUAAUAAUGCAAAAAAUCAUUUACA